AUGAUCUUCACCGCUGGCUUUGUUGUCGCUACCGCCCUUGCUCUUUCCAGCAGCGUCAGUGCCGCCACUAUCCCCCGAGGCAAAUGGGAUAUGUAUCUUCAGGCUCUUGACAAGGUUCUCGGCUCUCCUGAGAACAUGGCCCUCAUGGCGACUGAGUCUGGACGCCUUCUGGACGCCCAUCUUGCCCAGAAGCAGGAUCCCGCAUUCCAGGAGCUCGUUGGCAAGGCUAAGAGCUACACCGCCAUCUCGGACUUUGCCGAUCGUCCUCUCGAUAACGAAACCCUCGAAUCUUGGGUCACCCAAGUCUUUGGCGAGGACACCACCGAUGCCCACACCGCUGCCGUCCUUGCUGCCGCUCUCCCCGACUCGUGGGAUUCCCGCAACAAGAACUGGGUCUCGUCCAUCAAGGACCAGGGCCAGUGCGGCAGCUGCGUUGCCUUCUCCUCGGCUGCCACCGUCGAGAGCACCUUCCUCAGCCAGACCGGCAACAGCAUCGAGGUCUCGACCGCCGACAUCUUCUUUUGUCUCGGUGCCGGUGAUGCCACCUGCAAAGACGGAUGGAGUACCGUGACUGCUGCUAACGAUAUUGCCCAGAGCGGUGUCAUCUCGGCCGACUGCUUCCCGUACACCGCCGGCGAUGGAAAGGAUAAGCCCUGUGCCAACAGCGGCUGCCAGCGUACUGUCGGCCUCUCCAAGGCAUCCUUCGGCAGUGUCGACGAAAUGAAGAACCAUAUUAUGAGCCAUGGCGCCAUUUUCACCGCCUUUACUAUCUACUCUGACUUUGACAACUGCUGCACCAACAACCAGGUGUAUAUGCAGCAGGAUUCCAAGGCCCUUGGCGGUCACGCUGUCUCGGUCGUCGGCUGGGACGACAACAAGGGUGCCUGGCUCUGCAAGAACUCUUGGACCACUUCCUGGGGCACCGACGGUUUCUUCUGGAUCGGCUACGGCCAGGCCGGCAUCGGCGCCACCAGUGUGACCUUUGGCUUCAUCGCCAACUGA